AUGCAAAAGAGUAAAAGUCUAGAAAAGAUUAACUGUGAGAAGCAAGUUUCAAAUGCUGGAGACAGUCCUGCCCAAAAAACACAAAUCGUUUUCAGCCAUAAGCCGAGAAGAAAAACUAGAAAUCAUCUCGGAAACAUUUUCGAAAGAUAUUACAUAACGGUUAAACCUAAAUUAUUUAAAAGCAGCUCAUUAUCUGAUCUUGCUACAAAUUCUAGCGAUUUUCCGUUAGAUUUUAUUAAAAACUCCAAUAAAUUUCUAACUAGUCACAAUCAAACAUCGUUCCAGUAUUGCUCAGGGGACGCUUAUAGGGUGCAAUAUCAAAAUUUUAUAACCGAUACGCAAUACAUGUCGUGGAAUAACAACAAAGGAAAAAGACUAAAGAAGAAAAUAGACAUGACUCCAGAAUCGUAUUCAAAAGGUACUACGAAUGAUUAUGAAGUUGACCGAAACAUUUCAUCUUGUGCUGAUAAUUCGAGUUUAUGUAGCACCGAUGAAAUUAGUGUACAGAGGCUAGCCGCAUUCCCGUUCAAAUCUACACCAAGCGGUAAUCUGAAAGUUCAGUCGAAUCAGGUUGUUUUUCAAUCUUCAACUGUAGGUGUACUUCUGGCAGACCCAACUCAAGCAAAGGUUAAAGUAAAAUUCGAGGGAAAACCAACUGGAGAUCUUUUCGAUGCCAAAGCAGCUGCAGAACUCGACAAUAAAGUUGAAAGUACUUUUACAGACGAAAAUGACUCGGAAUCGCAAAUAAAUUAUGCGCCAAAAGACUCAAUUAAUCUAAGAUUAAAAACAGUUAAUGAUCGUCAUAUCAAAUCUAGAACACCAGUACUAAAGGAAGAACAGGGCAAAGACUUAGUUAGCCUAGGGUAUGCAAUGGCACAACCCAUAGACUGGAUGCGUGUUCAACUACCAAAGAAACAGGAUUUAUUCCAAGAAUUUUAUCGUAGGAUAUUAAACUACAUAAAUACCGACACAAUAAUACAUAUUGGCAAAGAAGAAUUCCAUUGCCAUCUUAUUAUUUUACAGAUUUAUUCAACGUUUUUCAAUAUGAAUAAUAUGCAUGAGAUGGAACUCCCAAUUACAAGCGUAACGCCUGAGGCAUUUCAAACAAUAUACGAGUGGAUGAUUUUCAGCGGUCCAGAGAGCAAUAAAGUUCUAAAGAGGGAAAAUAUAUUGGAAUUAUUUUGCGCCGCUCAAUAUUUGUCUAUCAAAGAUUUGGAGGAUCAAUGUUGGUCAUUUAUUGUGAACGAAAGUUUAUUCACGGAGGACACAGCCUUCGCUUUGUACAGAGAAGCCCGAUCCAAGGGCAUGACGCCAGUUAUGGAUCUCAUGGUCCCUCGUGUGAUGAAAUUCUUCCUACCUUUGGUAGCUUCACGGGAUUUUCUUCAGCUAGAACCGGAUGAAGUUAUGACAUUUCUCAAGUCAAAUUACAUAUGUGUAACAAGUGAAAUCGAAGUGUUAAUGGCUGGUGUGCGUUGGCUGUACGGCAAUUGGCCGGCGCGCCGCCGCUUGGUCGUCGAUGUGAUGCGAUGCAUCCGCUUCGGCCUCAUCUCCCCGUGGCAGCUGGUGGACAUCAAAAGGAACCCGGACAACGGAGAAAUACUUGAGAUAGUCAACGAGCCCGAGGUGCAACAAAUGGUGGACGAUGGACUCGCAGAUACGGGCACAUUUAAUUCUCCGGAUCAAAUUAAAACCGGCGUUUUUGAAUACUAUGGAACGAGGUAUGUAAUCAUAAAGUAUUGGUAUGGUAACAACUCCAAAAACUAUUACCAUUGGAUAGACGUUCUUGGACUUACCGAGCCAGCGGAAAGGAAUUGGAUCGGUGAAGAAAAGAACCACGUGACGUACAAGGAUUUCUUGAAAUACCUCGAGCAUUUCAUGGUACCAAAAGAGCAGAUGUAUCAACAAAUGUCGAUGAUGCAACCGCCACGUAGAAACGAUGACUUGCCCAGCACCCUGCGUGGCAUGGACAACGAUAAAAUGGACAUGAGGCGAACUAAGAUGGAUUUUCCAUUGCCUGGAUCAUUGAAGGGGCUCGGUGGGGAUAAAGACAAAUCUUUCCCAACUAUGAGCGAAUUUUUCGAGAACAGAAGACAGGUGCAAAAAGAUACUAAAUCAAGAUCGCCAACAAGAUCCCCAAGACUCGGCUCCGAAGGUCGACCUCCCAUGCCCCAGCAGCUUACACCACAACCGUCCCGAAAGAGCCCUGUCACAGAGCGAAAGCCGCAGAAACAAAUGGAUGAACAGCGAUCAUUUCAAGGGAAACAAACUAUAAACCAAAGUCACAACCAAAACCUCAAGCAAAGCCCGCAACUGCAAAAAAAGCAAAAUGCUUCGCCCCAACGUUCACAAAUGUACGACCCGCCGGAAAAGGAUUCAACUGAAAACUUUAACAUUACGAAAAGUGGUAGCAGCAGUGAGACCAUGGAAACAAGUUACACUGAAAAGGCUCCUCUGCAUUUUCAGACAAAGUCACAAGAGGAGCAUAAUGAAUAUGUAUGUGACAAAAGGCGUAGCAGCGUGGCUGCUUGCUAUUUAGCCGCCGCUACAGCCGCUUUAGCUGGAUCACGAAGGGAAUCACAAAUGACGCCAACGUCAGGGUCCCAUGUGCAUACCGUCACAACCGUCUCACAAGCAGAGCAGUGUCGCGUGAAACUCUUCAAUCAAUCCAAAGAGUCGCUCGCCAAAAACAACAUGAAUAAGCUCUCGACUUCAGUUCUCGGGCCAUCUAAUAAAAGCUACAUUGCUGAGGGAUCCUUGUUCAAUUGGGACCGAGAAACGGUAUUAGUAUUUGGUGGGAUCGACCCACAUACCGCAUACGGUGUGGGGCGUAACACAGGAAAAGAUAUUUACAGGUUUGAUCCAGUCACAAACUCGUGGGAUUACGUGGGGGACCUACCGGAACCGAGACACCAUCACUCUGUAGCUUUUCUAAGAGGAAGAGUGUACCUUGUUGGCGGCGCAGAUCCCAGAGACGACGACACUCGUGGUAAGUCGGUGGUCGUGUCGACGGUGUGGAGUUAUGAGCCAGUGACACGGUCUUGGUACAGCGAGUCGGGCCUGGCCGUGCCGAGGAAGAACUUUGGCCUUGUAGUGCAUCGCAUGGCUUUGUACGCUAUUGGCGGACAAGACAAAAAGGGCAGAGUACUUCGGUCCGUCGAGAGAUUCGACCCUAAGACUGGCACGUGGAGCGAGGUUCGCUCAAUGAGUGUCGCCCGCAUGGCGAUGGCAUCCGUAAAGUACCGCGAAUACAUCUGGGUGGCUGGCGGCAUGACCGGAGAGAAGAAGAAUCCUGUCUGCAAGAUCGUUGAGUGCUACAACUCCAAAACAAAUGAUUGGACAGAAAUAUACAGUCUUCGAUUUCCGAGAUGUUUUGCCACACUGUUCGCCAUGAACGAUAAACUGUUUAUAAUCGGCGGUGCUGGGAAGAUAACUGAAAAGGACAAGACUCCUAGCAGCGUGGGCGCUAUAGACAUUUGGGACUGGAAGGAGCGCGUGUGGAAGCAGGAAACGGAAAUGUCAAUCCCCAGGCACGGCCACGCCCUCGCUUACCUCGGAACGCAACUUAUUAUUAUAGGUGGUGUAACUACGAUUUACAUGCGAGCUCUGAGUAAUGUGGAGUCAUUCUGCUGCGAACGAGGGGCGUGGAUUAGAGGAGUAGCGACGCUGCCUUCACCACUAUCUGGACACGGAGCAGUUACUCUACCCCCGGCAUCACUUAUG